AUGGGGUGGACAGUUGCCAUCAUUGCAAACCUGUUCUUCCUUCAAGGCUUUACAAAGCCGAUUGAAAAUCAAUUAAUUCCUCGGAAUGGCGCCAAUGGUGCGGGUUCAGUCCGCCAAGCCAUGCCUUUGUUGAAACGAGAUGCGGACAGGUCGUUCGAUCUAGGGUUCCAGGUCAAGGACCAAACGCUAUUCUCUGGCUCAUGGGAGCCACUGGCAGGUCAAACCGUGGAUUUGUCUCUGAAAUGUGUCGACUGUCGCACUUGGGGUACUCUGGAUGCCUCUGCAACAUUCCCAGAGGACGUUGGGGACCUCCUUGGAGAUCUGGCCGACUUCAAUCCCCUCAAUGAUGUCGAGGUAUCCGUAGACUUCAAAGGAGUAGGAGCACUCUUUGACCUUACCGCCACUGCUGCUCUAGAGGGCACAGUCAAGAUCCCCCUGUUUAAAUCCGAGUCUCCGCUGGGUAUCGCUGUCCCAAACUUUCAAGUUGGACUCGUUUUCACCGUAGACCUAGUGCUUGGGCUCAGCGGCGAAGCUAAUGUAGGGGGUGGCUUUCAAGUGUCCAUUCCGGACGGGUCAACCUUCAAGUUGCCUUUGGACCCUGGCAAGGACCACACUGCAAAAUUCGAUGGUGUUUCAACAGCACUACUGCCAUUGUCUGCCGAAGUCCCAGCCAAUGUGACAUUGGCACUUCAACUGGGUGUAUCCGCUGGUGUUGAUUUCAAGGGCGGCAUUGUCGAUGCCACAGCACUUGCAGGUGCAUUCAUAAACAUCCCUGAGGUUAUUAUUGGGGAACAAUUCUCGACGGCAAACAGCUGCAUCCCGGCGUUUGCUCUGGUGGACAUCAACGCUGGGGUGUUUGUUGAUAUCGGUGCUGAUAUUGGGUCUAUCGAGCUUCCUGGGAUCAACCCAACCGUCUCAACGACACUCUUUGCUGCUUCGACUAGCACAUGUUUUGGUGCUGGUCCGUCAACAUCCCCGACAGUCGUGGCUGCACCAGAUUGUCCCGUGGAUCUGGUAACCAAGAUCAUCACAACAAGUCCGGCUCAGUCUCUGGUUGCCUGUGCCGUAUCUGCGGUCAAUUGUCCAGCGAGUUUGACACAGAACGUCCUCGUCCAGGGUGCCCAGACAGUCACAACAGCAAGCUGUCCCACCACAAUCCGGGCAAACACUACUUCCGUCGUACACACUGUUGUGGCUACCAGCGACUUUGUGACCCUGUCUCCGAUGAAAACGCCAAUCAUCUCCACACUCAGUGUCGGUUCGUCGGUCACAGUUCCGGCGCCGACGAUAACUGCGAGUCCUAGUGCCACUUCGCCCAAUGCUCAAAAAGGCGCAAUAGGGACCAUAACUAUGACCGUUCCGUGCGCGUCGGGUACGACAACAGCAAGCCGGGGUCCUAAGGACAAAGCCCAUGUAGCAAGGGAAGAGCCUUGGUCAUGGCCUACCUUGCGUGUAGCAUAA